AUGCUCAAUCAUCUUACAUUUCAAGUAUUAUUACACUCUAAAGCCAAACUAAUCGCAGAACCUGCAUAUGAAGAUGACGGCAAAACUCUUAUUAUAUCAUCUAAAGAUGAUUUCAAAGAUGAAAAUUUACUACCUAUAGUAACAAGCAAAAACAUUGAAAAAUUAGUGAUCAAAGGAACAGAAAUUACAGGGUUAACAAUUCUUUCUGCUUUUAGUUACAUUCAAAAUUAUGAUUUUUCAGAAACUUCGAUUUCAGAGAUUCCGCCAUAUUGUUUUAAAGACUUAAAAAACAUCAAAACUAUAACGCUUCCAAACCAAGGGAUAAAUAUUGGAUCCUUCGCUUUUGCAAAUUCAUCAAUUGUUUCUGUUAUUGGUUCUCAAGUUCUUACAAUUGAUACAUAUGCGUUUUAUGGAUGCUCAGACCUUACAGCUAUUGAUUUGUCAAAAACUGAUAUGGUAACGGAUUUUGCAUUUACAAAUUCAAGUAUAACUGAAGCUCACUUAAAUAAUGCUGCUGAUUUUUCAUAUUCGUUCUACAAAUGCGAUAAAUUGACUACCCUUACCUUCCAAAAUCCACCUGCUGUAAAAGAUCAACUAGAUUUCACCAAAAUUACGUCAAUAACAUUAGCAGGUGCUGAUGAGGGGUUUUAUAUGCCUGAACUAGUUGAGUUAACAAUUAGUGGCUCUGUUUGUAAUAUAUAUAAUCCAUUACCUAAAUUAGAAAGCGUCACUUUUACAGAUAACCAGAUUUAUUCGAUUUAUCUUAUUAAUCAACCCUUAUUACAAACAAUCAUAUUACCUCAAAUGCAAGACGCAACUUUAACAGUUAGUUUUGAAAAUAAUCCUAAAUUAACUCGAGUUGACAACAGCCAAUUCAUUCAAACUAGAAUUCAAUCCUAUACACUUUUUGCAGGCUGUUGUGCCAUUAAAACUAUUGAUUUAACAAAUGUUGAAUCUUUUGAACGUGAUGAUUUUCGGAAUUGUUACAAUUUGGAAACAAUUACCGGUCUCACUGAUAUAUCUACUAAUGGCAAAUUCUCGGUGCAUUCAAUGUUCCGAAAUUGCUGGAAAUUAAAAAUUUCAACUAUUUCUUCUGAAUAUUAUAAUGAUGAUGGAAUGCCGAUUUCUACUUUUACCUACUGCGGAAUUACAGAUAUAACAAUUUCAAUUACAUCUUCAUUUAAUUCAAAUUUUUAUUUCUUUGGAUGCAAAAAUUUGAAAACAGUUAAAUAUAAUAAUAUAUACACCAUCCCAAAAUAUGCAUUCAGAGAUUGUAUCAAUCUAGAACAAGUUACGUUCUCGGAUAGUGCAUAUUACGUUGAUAAUUUUGCAUUUGAAAACACUAAACUGUCAACAUUUGACCUUAAAAAUAUCGAAAGUAUUGGGUAUUUUGCUUUCUCUAACUGCAAAAUUGAAGAAUUGACAAUACGAAAAGAUAUCCAACCACUACCUGAAUUAUAUUCAAUGGAAUUUGAUCUAGAUAGAAACAAAGAUUACUAUAAUUUUAAUUUUGAGAUGAUGAUAAAUUACGAAAGAUUGAAUGAUGGUAAUGAUUAUCCAAAUGAUCAUAUGCAUUACUAUGUCACUCCUUUCUGGAAUUGCAAGAAGUUGAGAAAGAUAACAUUAGGAAGCGAAGUUACAUCAUUUUCACUUAAAUAUUUCCCUAAUUCAACAAUCACGGAAAUAGUGUUAGACAAUAAUAAUAAUUUUGCAGUUGAAAAUGGUAUAUUAUAUGAUACAACAAAAACAAUUAUUUAUGCAUAUUUCAAUACACAAUCAACAGAUUUUACUGUACCAGAUACUGUUGAAACAAUUUCUCCGUUUGCUUUAGCUUACAGUUCAUAUGAAACUAUAACGAUGCCAAAACAAAUCAACAUUAUCAAUGGUCUUUUUGCUUUCUGUCAUAAGCUGAAAGAAGUAACAAUUCAAGCUAAAAUUAACAGAUUAGGAGAUGAUACUUUCUCACAUUGUUACAAUCUUGAAACAAUUAAUUUUGCAGGAGGAUCAUCAUUGAUUUCUAUUGGUCAUGACUGUUUCAUUUGCUGCUACAAAUUAUCUAGUUUACCAUCAUUGGAAAAUGUUAAAUAUCUUGGAGAUUAUUCAUUUGCAUACUGUACUUCAUUAACAUCAAUCAGUAUUCCUAAAGUUAAUACCAUUCCUUCAUUUUGUUUCUGGCAUUCCAACAUUGUACAAUUUACUUUCUCUGAUUCACUCUCAGCAAUAAACAUAAGUGCUUUUAACACAACAAAAAUAAAGAGUUUCAGUUGCCCUGAGACUUUAGUCUUCAUUAAUGAAGAUGCAUUUGCAAACUGCAAUAAUUUAGAAUCAUUCACAUAUAAUAACAAAGUAUCAUCAAUUCUCCGAGGAACAUUCUUCAAUACAUCAUUAACUAAAAUCAAAAUUCCAAAUACAAUAACAUAUAUAAAUCCGAUGGCAUUCAAUCAAUCAUAUCAUAUCAAUUUUGAAUUUGAAGAAGGCGGCCAUCCUCUUUUCACCGUUGACAACAAUUGUUUCAUUGAGAAGCACACAGGAUUACUAUUAUUUACAUAUGGAAAAGUAUACGGCGCAUUCAAAUUAUCAAGCAAAGUUACUCGUUUCAAUAUGCACUCUAUACACUCAGAAAGAGUCACAAAGAAUGAAAAAUUUAUUAUCAAACAAGGAAUUACUACUUUAAUCAUCCCUGAAUCGGUCAGAGACAAAUACGAAUAUCAAUUAUUAUCUUUUGAAGACAUAGUCCAAACUGAAGUAAAUAAAUGGGCAUCGACCCCUCAGAACCUUUGUUUCGAGGGUGAUAUUAUUCCCCAAUUGGGAACUUAUGAAUCUCCCUUUGAAGUUAAUUAUUAUCAAGGGGAAAAAUCUGUCGGGAAUAGUAAUCAAGGGAUUAAAUAUGGUUGUAAGUUAGAGCAGGAUUCUCUAAUGAGAGCAAACGUUUUUAAAGCCGCCAAUGAUAAUUAUCCAAAGACAUAUAGAUUAGGCAAUGAUAUUUAUUCUAAUGGAAAUGUUGAUGGUAUAGGUAAUAAUGGAAUGUAUGAUGAAUGGCAUGUUCCAAAUAUACAGAAGUCUUAUAAUAUAACAUUCACUCCACAAACUCUGAAUAAGAAUUUAGAGCUUGCUCUAUUUGUAUUUGUUAUGGUAUUAACUAUUAUAAUCGCAAUUCUUUCUAUUAUAUUAACUAAAUUUUAA